AGGAGAAACAAAAGAUUGUUCAAUGGCUGACUCAGGCACCAGUGGAAGCUUCUGAAAUUGUGAGGAGUACUCACCAUGUUCCUAUUCUCUCGGUAGUUGGCCUUGGUGGAAUGGGGAAGACUACAUUAGCUCAAUAUGUAUGUGAAGAGGAUGAGGUUGUAAAGAAUUUCAAGGUUAUAUGGGUCCAUGUUUCUACUAGAUUCAGCGCAACUUCCGUGACAAGUAAACUGCUGGAAUCUGUAACAGGGGUGAAACCUUGUGCAGAUCAUUUAGAGACGCUUCAGCAGAUGCUCAAACAAGAACUCAGGUUUGUAAAGUUUUUCCUUAUUUUGGAUGAUGUCUGGGAAGAUAAGAAUAAAAAGGAAUGGGAAAAUAUAUUUGCUCCACUGAGGAAAGCAGAGAGUGGGAGCAAAAUUUUAGUAACAACCAGAAUGCAGUCAGUAGCAGAUAUGGCUGCAAAUGCCAUGGGGGUUGAAAGAGAAUACCUGGAAUUAGAAGGGCUGCAAGAAGACGAAAGUCUUAAAUUAUUCAAUCAUCACGUAUAUUCUGGUAGGAAUCCACAAGAUUUUGAAAAUUUAAAACCCAUAGGUGAACAACUUGCAAAACAACUAGGAGGCUGUCCCUUGGUAACAAAGGUUGUCAGCGGUUAUUUGCAGUGCAAUAUGGAUCCUGACAGCUGGACUGAUUUCUUACAAGAAGGCCUGGUACAUUUUAAUGGAAGUGAAGAUGAUGUAAUGGAAACUUUGAGAUUAAGCUACUACUGCCUACCAGCACAGGUCCAGAUUUGCUUUCGAUAUUGCAGCAUAUUUCCGCAGGACUAUGAAUUCAAAAAGAAAGAUUUAGUGUUGAUGUGGAUGGGCUCAGGAUUGAUAUCACAACAUGAAACAAACCAAGAAGGAUUGAAGAUAUUGGGUAUCAGAUCUUGGCUGAGUUAACUAGGAAGUCAUUCUUUGAAAUGAAAUUCAAGGUAGUUCAGUAUAGUCAGAGAAGAGAAGAAUAUUAUGUCAUGCAUGACCUGAUGCAUGACCUGGCAAAAUAUGUUUCUGCUGGAGAAUGCACAACAUUAAUUGAUCCUAGCAUGUUGGAAAAUGAGAGUGAAAAUAUUCGACACUUGCGUAUUGCUUGCAUUGACAAAUUUUCUACUGAAGAGAUCAAGAAAAUCACACGUUUUAAGAAUCUGCGCACUGCUAUUUUUGAUGGUCCAGGCUUGGUUCACAAUGAUAUCUUCAGCAUGGUUGAGAAUGCUAUACAAAAAUCAAAAUCCUUGCGUCUACUGCGAUCAAAUUUGGAGAACACAUUCCAUCUUCCUAAACUUGCUGAUUUAAAGCACCUUCGUUAUGUCUAUCUGCAUAGGAUAUCACUUGAGGGAAUGCGUGGGCUUGUGAAACUUUAUCACUUACAGCUAGUUGAUUGUUUGAAUGAUUGUAGGGAAGAACCGAGGCAAGUGAUGUAUUUAGGAAACAUGGAUCAUCUGCGAUAUGUAAAUUAUGGGUCUCGCAGAAUUGGUGAGUUUCCAAUUGGAAGACUCACUUCACUUCAGGAGCUGCACAACUACCGGGUACAAGGAAGUAAAGGUAACAAAAUAAGUGCUAUCAAGAACCUGAAGGCUCUCCGCGAACUAGAGGUUUUCAGCAUUGAGAAUGUUGAAA